AUGUCUCGGCACACUUCUUCCUCACGGAAGAUCUCUUUCAACGUCAGCGACCAAUACGAGAUCCAGGAUGUUGUUGGUGAAGGUGCAUAUGGAGUUGUUUGCUCGGCGCUUCACAAACCAUCAGGACAAAAGGUUGCUAUCAAGAAAAUCACACCAUUUGACCAUAGCAUGUUCUGUCUGAGAACACUCCGUGAGAUGAAGCUCUUGAGGUAUUUCAAUCACGAGAACAUCAUCAGUAUUCUCGAUAUCCAGAAGCCAAGGAAUUACGACAGCUUCACUGAGGUUUAUCUCAUCCAAGAGCUUAUGGAGACCGACAUGCACCGUGUAAUCCGUACUCAAGAUCUCUCGGACGACCAUUGCCAGUAUUUCAUCUACCAAACUCUUCGUGCACUAAAAGCUAUGCACUCGGCGAACGUCCUUCAUCGUGAUCUUAAGCCAUCAAACUUGCUUCUCAACGCCAACUGCGAUUUGAAAGUCUGCGAUUUUGGUCUUGCAAGAUCUGCCGCAAGCACCGAGGAUAACUCUGGUUUCAUGACGGAAUAUGUUGCUACUAGAUGGUACAGAGCUCCGGAAAUUAUGUUGACCUUCAAAGAGUACACAAAGGCGAUUGAUGUGUGGAGUGUGGGCUGUAUCUUGGCUGAAAUGUUGAGUGGAAAACCGUUGUUCCCUGGCAAAGAUUAUCACCACCAGCUUACCCUCAUUCUGGAUGUCCUUGGUACCCCAACAAUGGAAGACUAUUACGGUAUCAAGUCUCGCCGUGCUCGUGAAUAUAUCCGCUCGCUUCCGUUUAAGAAGAGAAUCCCGUUCUCUGCAAUGUUCCCCAAGACCUCACCCCAGGCUCUCGAUCUUCUUGAGAAGCUACUUGCGUUCAAUCCGGCUAAGCGUAUCACGGUUGAGGAUGCGCUCAAGCAUCCAUACCUUGAGCCUUACCAUGACCCCGAGGAUGAGCCAACUGCACCCCCAAUCCCGGACGAGUUCUUCGACUUUGACAGGAGAAAGGACGAGUUGAGCAAAGAACAACUGAAAACACUUAUAUUCGAGGAAAUUAUGCGAUAA